CACGUGACGGCGGGGGGGGGGGGCAGCCACAGCCUAGAGGAGACGCAUCUGAACAAUCAGAGCUGAUCAUGUCUGAUCUACUGUCCUGAUCGGGUUCUGCUCGGCUUCUCCCGUGGACGUGGAAGUGGGUUUUGUUCACCACACCGUGGGAAGGAGGUCUGCACUUUUCUUUUGUUUAGAGAAACACGAUGAGCCCCUCAGCUCUGCGCCCCUUCCUGGGGCUGAUCACCUUCACUUUGCUCCUGGUGUUUGGAUCCUGUCAUCCGGCGCAGCAUCCAGCUCAGACCAGGACUCCGUUCAGACAGCAGCUGGACAGCUUCAGGUUCCCCUGGAGAAACAUCACCUGUCCGGUUUGCAAAGCGCUCUUCGCCAUUCUGGAUGUCGCCCUUCUGAGCAGUGUGAACGAAGAGCGGGUGGCACACGCCGUCUGCGAGGCAUGCAUCCGUCUGCAUCUGGCUGAUGAGCAGGUGUGUCGGAACAUAACGGAGCUCUUCAGGGACGACUUCAUCAGGGCGCUGCAGCAGUCUUUGCUGUGGCCCAGUGAAGCAUGUGCGGUGUUGGUGGGACCCUCUUGUGGCACAUUUGACAUUUAUGCACCCUGGAACAUCACUUUACCAAAGGUUCCAAAGCCUCCUGUUACACCGCCCUCACCUCCCAAACCUGGCUCUCCACAGAGCAGGGUGCUGUUUCUCACAGAUAUCCACUGGGACAAGGAAUACCAAGCCGGCAGUGCUGCAGACUGCAAGGAGCCUCUUUGCUGUCGCGAAGACUCUGGCGUUCCAAAAUGGAAGCGGAGAAAGGCCGGGUACUGGGGGACAUACAGCAAGUGUGACCUGCCUUUACGAACGGUGGAAAACUUCCUUAAAAACGCCGCCAAAGCCGGACCUUGGGACUGGGCCUAUUGGACUGGAGACAUCCCAGCACACAACGUUUGGUCUCAGACCAGAGACCAGCAGUUGACAGAGCUGACGGUCAUCUCCAGGCUCAUCCACAAGUAUCUGGGAACCAAUGUCACGGUUUAUCCUGCGGUAGGAAAUCAUGAGAGCACACCUGUCAACAGCUUCCCACCACCUUUCAUUCAUGGCAACAGAUCCUCCUCCUGGCUCUAUGAUAAAAUGGCUGAGGAAUGGGCAGUCUGGUUGCCAGAGCAGGCUUUGAAGACUUUAAGGUAUGGAGGGUUCUACUCAGUGGAGAUCCAGCCUGGGCUGAGGUUGGUCUCCCUCAACAUGAACUUUUGCGCACGAGAAAACUUCUGGCUGAUGGUGAACUCGAGUGAUCCUGCUAAUCAGCUGCAGUGGCUAGUUCAAGUUCUUCAGGACAGCGAGAACAGGGGCGAGAAGGUACACAUCAUUGGCCAUAUCCCACCUGGCCUGUGUCUUGGGAGCUGGAGCUGGAACUACUAUCACAUUGUCAACAGAUACGAAAGUACAAUUACAGGGCAGUUCUUUGGGCAUACCCAUCUGGAUGAGUUCCAAAUGUUUUAUGAUGAAGAAACCAUGAGCCGGCCCUUAGGAGUGGCUUUCAUUGCCCCCAGUGUCACCACUUUUGUUAACCUUAAUCCAGGGUACCGCGUCUACUAUGUUGAUGGAAAUUACAAAAACAGCUCUCGACUUGUGCUUGACCACGAGACCUACAUCCUCAACCUCACCGAGGCCAAUCACAAUCCCAAGUCACCAGGCGAUCCAGAGCAGGACCCCAAAUGGAGCCUCCUGUACCGAGCCACUGAAGCUUACGGUCUUUCCAGUCUGUUCCCGUCGGAUUAUGAAGCACUGCUCCGAGUCUUUAUCAAUGAUGACCGCACCUUCCAGAGGUUCUGGUACCUCAGACAUAAAGGACAUGUGUCGGAGUCCUGCAGGGAGGCGUGCAAAACUACAAUGAUCUGUUUUCUGCGAAGCGGGCGCUCUGAUGAGUUGGACCAGUGUGACCAACGCAAUGGCUUUGGAGGGAAAUUGGCUCGGGCUGCAAGAAAAACUCUCUGCUGACCUGAUAAAGGUUAAACUGAAAGACUAAAGGGAGUGAAAAGCAAUAUGAGCCAAAAAUGUCUGUAUUUAAAGAUGAUCAAUAGCAUUUGCGCACAUUUGAAAUCGAGCCGUUUUUGUUUUGAAAAAUAAAACGCAUAAACUAUUUGCAUCACCUUGAGCUGAUUUAAAAAAAAAAAAAAAAAGAUUUGUCCAACCUUGUGUUUAGGAGCAGGUUUUGAAUUUAAGCUACUCUUGCCAUGCAUAUUAAAAGUUUCUGUUUACUUGAAAUGCACAGAACGGUAGACAUUACUGUACUAGGAUUUUUUUUUUUUUUUAGCUGUUCUACCGAACUGGUUGCCUUUUCUCAGGGAAUAGGUAAACAACUCAACCCUUAGCUGCUUUAUAGUUGCUCGAGUUCUAAUUUCCUCAAAUGUUCCUUUUUGUUAUAGACACAGCUGAUAAAGCCUGGAAACAUGAUAUUGCAACAGUAUUUAACAUUUAAGGAUUGUAAAAACAAGGAUUUUUAGUCUGGCAAAUUAACUCAUUGUGUUAUCUGUUAACCACACCAUCAUUUACCAACAUUUCAUCAACAUUGUUUUCUUGGGUUUUACUUUGUUUGCACUUUAUUUGCAAAGGCUAUUCUAAUAAACUGAUGUAAACAUCAUGCUUAAAA